AUGGAGUUUCAAAGAGGAGAGCGCGUGAACUUGAACUUUGAUACCGGUGCAGUCGAGAAGCUGGAUCAAGAAGAGCAGCAUGAGCUCCGCAUGCCGUCGUUCCCUACCUUCGUGGGCGACAUUCGAGAGCGCGAUUCAUUACCAGCUAAUCCUCCGGUUGCGCCCUCGCUCAAACCGAAUGUGAACGGGUUUCCGGCGCACAAAAAACGCGUACCGAGAAUGUCGGCCUUCAAACAGCAGCGCGCGGCUAAAGACCAGCAAGCUGUGACGGCACCAAACGCACCUGCGAAGAUGCAAGAUGCGCCCAAACCACGAAGCGCAUUCGGGCUUGACCGGGACGAGGAGAGACGAGCGAUAGACGAAGAGAAUAGGCAGACACUAGCGGGCAUGUCAGAUGCAGAGAUUGAGCAGGAACGGCAAGAGCUCAUGUCGAGUCUCAAUCCAGCAUUACUGCAGAAGCUGCUCAUGCGGUCCAACAUUGAUCAAGGGAGCAACGAGCGCGACUUUGAUACAGAGCCGCCAGCACCAGCAGCCGUUGUACCCCUUUUGACUGACCAAACCAAGCCAGAACCUCAGCCCCAGACCCCAAGUACGAAGAAGGUCUCCUUCGCUGCCCCAGAACCAACAGAGGAGGCAAAGUCACAACCAGCGCCGAGCCUGAUGCCUGCCGCACAAUCUUCGCCAGACGACGACACCGCAUCGGCAGCUAUUCCGGAUACCACAGACUCAAUACACUUCCCACGACCUCCACAACCGCCCGACCUCGACCCAAACGAUCCGUCAUUUCUCAAAAACCUACAUGAGAAGUACUUCCCCACGCUACCCUACGAUCCCUCGUCGCUGUCAUGGAUGUCGCCAAUCGACCCAUCAGAUACCAAAUCUCCUUACCACCCCUCUCAAACCGCCCUGAAUCCGGCAGAACUGCGCUUCGACUUUUCUGGCAACUUGCUAGCACCUAGCGUCGCACGAGAUAUACCCACCGACAGGGGCCUUCACCAUCACGCCGAAGCCCCAGAGGCAGCAGGAUACACAAUACCAGAACUCGCAGUCACGGCGCGAAGUAAAGUGGCAAGUCAACGAUGUAUCGCAUACCAAACGCUAGGUCGUAUCUUAUACAGACUAGGCAGAGGAGAAUUCGGCGUUGAGAGCGUGGAACAAAUGACGGACGGACCAGCAAAAGUAGCCAAGAAUCCAGAGGUAGUAGAAGACGAGGAUGGAGAGGAGUGGGUAGAGGAGGAUAUUGGCAGUGCCAUGGCAGGGGGGCUGUGGCAGUGCAUCGAGCAAGGAAGGGUGAUUGAGACGUUGACUGAAGAGGCCAACAAGGAGAGGGGUCAUUUGACUGCACGCACUUUUGCUCAGGAAGCGCUGUGGAAUUGGCGAAGAGGCGGAGGGAGGAAGAGACAAGCUGUGUGA